GGAGCGCGCAGAACCCAGGAGGACUUCAAGCCGUCAUCAUGGCGCUGGACACGCUCGCGUUCCCAGAGGCGGACGCCGAGACCUUUCAGCAGUUGGAGGAGACGCUAGUCGCGGCGCCGCGAGCUCGCGAGGAGACGCUGCUGAAGUUCACCAACAGGAUCAAAGCAGAGCAGAAGGAGCUGGUCCUACUACUGCCGAACGCGCUGAACGCGGUCAUGGGAUUCCUACUACUACGAGGAUCAGGACUGGCCAAGACGGGGAGAAAUCAAGUGCUCAUCCAGACGGACUACGACUACGACGCGAACAAGCUGGUGGUGAUCCUCAAGCGCAUGACCGACCACGACACGGUGAUCGAUAAGAUGACGCACGCGAAGACGGCCCACCUGGCAGGAGCACGCGAAGAAGAUGAGCUAGGGCCGUCCGACGUCGGUGAGGAGGACAACAGCAUCUACGACGCGAUGCCGAACCUGCUGGGCAUCGAAGGUGACGACGCCGGCGGCACGGGCGACAAGCUGGGCCACGGGGAGCUGACGGAGAAGGAGGCGCUGGACUGCCCGGCGGCGCGCGCUGCACCGCCGUCGAAGCCCGGGGCGCGGGGCGAGGCCAGGAAGAUAGUCGCCGACAGGAAGACCAACAGGGGGUUCCACAACAUGAUGGAUCGCAGGAAGACCGAGGACAAGAUAGAGGACAUCAAGGGGAGGACCGCGCGCGGGAACUGCAAGCUGCCGGGCCACUGGCACAAGGCAUGCCAAGAGAACCCGAAGAACAAGGUCAAGCCGACUGGAGGUUUCUUGGCGAUGGUGGUUCCCCAGGACAGCGAGGUGCGCAGCUACAUCGCUUCAGGGGCGAAGAUGGCGCCGAGGCCCGAAUUCGCGGAGCACGCCCACCUGGCGGUGGGCGCCGAGAAGUCGGGCAGACCAGGAUGGGGAGCAGUGGACACGGCUUGCGGCUUCAACAUGAUGGGCAUGGCGACUUACGAGAAGUGGGUCGAGCACUACAAGCAGCGGCGCAACAUAAUGAUGGAGGCGAUUCCUCACCGCAAGAAGUAUCGCUUCGGCAACGACCAGGUCUGCACAGCGACGGACGGGGUCAUCAUCCCGAUCGCGCUGGGCGAGUUCAGCGGGGUGAUCUUCGCGCGCCCGGGGCGGGCGAAGGCAACCGCUGCCCAGGCGAAGCCAGUGUCGCACGAGGCGAAGGAUCAGAAGGACCAGCCCAACAAGCAGCGCGACGCGACCUACAGGUGGCCCUGGCACAAGAUCUGCAACAUGCCAAUUCCUCCGAUUGGAGCUAUGAUGCGAAGGUGCUACGGUAUCAUCGACCAGGGGCCGCGGGUUCCUACAGUCGUGGCGAGGGCCAGGGGCCGCGAUCCAGCGCGGGAGAAAGACUGCGCCCAUGUGUUCACCAACCACGGCGGGAACGCGAAGGCCUUCUACGUUCAGCGCAGCGGGUGCGAACUUCACUUGGAGUACUACCCGAAGACAGCGGAGGGGACGCAGGAGGUGACCACGAAGCUGGAGGAGUUCAAGGACGAGGAGGCUCGGAUCAAGGGAUGGCAGCCCAGGAACAGCAAGACCAGGACCAGCAAGAAGAAGGAUACCGAGGAGACAGCAACACCACCGAGACCCGAGCCGACAACCAGGGCGGCAAACAGGAAGCCUACCACCCGGCACCAGGAGAGCGAGCAGGACGAUCCAGAGUCGCAGGAGGACUGGGAGGAGCUGGACGAGUCACCUCGGAGCAAGGCACUGCGCGCACUGCGGGGGCUGAUGAAGGACGAGAGCGCGAACGACGACCUCAGGAAGGCGAUGGACGCAGCGACCCCGGAGAGUCAGGUCUUCAUGAGCCAGGCCCAGGAGGAGUGCGAGCCGCAGAUCGAGAACCUUGACGAGGACACAGGAGCGGUCAAGAGCAUCGAGAACAGGGAGGUCUUGACGCUGACGGGCUACUACCUGAUGACUAGAGAAAGGCAGACGGAGGUCUUGAGCCAGAUGCAGCACACCAAACCCCCCAUCAUCAUCACCAAGCCUCUCAGGGACAUCGACAACGCCAAGCUGAAGGAGCGGAUGGGCCGGGCGAUGCUCACGUUCAUCCUAGACGUGGCUAUUCAGCAGGCCGUCGAGGGCAGGUACUUCUACUACGAACAUCAUGAGCAGUCUAGAGAUUGCGAGGCGCCGCUGAUCAGGGAGCUGAGGCGCCUGCCCGAAGUCGAUCAAGGAGAAGCGUGGGUCAAAGGGAGGGGCUACCUGUCGAAUCUACUUGGGAAGGCACUCGGGUUCGGGAAGAUGCUGAGUCAGGAGCUCGUGAACGGGGCCCCGCAGAUGAAGCUAGGAGACGUCCACGAGUUGCUGAAGGAUCUGACUGGCGCAUUGGUAAGGUCUAUAGUGAAGGAGAAGGCGACGGUAGAGAUGCAAGAGGACGACCAGGACGACAAGAAGAAGGAGCUGGAGAAGUGCGGCAAGGCAAGGCAGGCGUAUAUCGAGGCAGCUCAGCAGCUGGAGUGUCCAAGUUGCGCAGCGAACAAGCGACCUAGGUUGGCCAAACCUUCGAGGGCACCUGCUACGUGCCAGCUCAACGACGUGAUCGGCGUGGACAUCUUUGUCGUUCUGGGUCCUGAGAACGCCACCGAGGUUCCAAUGCUGAACAUUGUGUGCCACGGCGCGGGCCACCAUAUCGCGGUUCCACUUCCAAGUCGGCAUGGACACCAGAUACGGCGCCAUUAUCGAGCCUUCUGGAAGGGAGCCUACGGCACGCCACGCAUGAUGGUCAUCGACGGGGAGAAGGGCUUCUCAGCUGGCGAGUUUCCCGAGGCAGCAGAAGGAGACGGCGCCGAGGUCAAGGUCCCGAGCGCGACUUCACCAUGGCAGGCGGGCAAGACAGAACGAGCCGGAGGUAUUUGGAAGGAGACAUUCUACAGGACUAGGCAGAAGUUCAACACCGCCAAUUGGGGCGACUUCUACGAGCUGGUGGACUCCGUCAACGCGGCCAUAGUUCAUGGCACGGCCCAGCCCGAGUUUUCAGACAGAGUUGACAAGUACAGUUUGCCACCAAUGAAGGAUAUCGAGACGGCGGGAGACGUCAACCCUGACCCCAUUCCCAUGGCGACCAAACGCUCAGAUCGCCUGGACGACGUUCCUUUCACCAUCCGGCAGAAGUCCGAUUCCCCGAGCUCAGCUAUACCGGUGACGGAACGCAUCGCGACCAUCGAGGAGAAGAUCGCCAAGGAGAUCACCGAGAAGUCCCUGAUGAACACCUACAAGUACCAGCCCUACAUCGCGGCCAAGCGUCGGGCAUGGGGCAACAUCAAGCACGCGCAAGCAGUACGAGUACUUCCACCGACUGAAGCUGGACAAGUACGACGUGACCCUGCGCUGGCUUCACGUAUCAUGGGCUCUCGAUGGGUGCUGGCGGACAAGGACGGCGACCCAGAGGAAGCGGACGCAGGCAAGAGACAGCUGAUGUACAUGGUCGACGGCACGUGGAGGAUGGCGAAAACAAGAUGGGCAGUACAAGGGCACGCGGACCCUGAACUGCUAGACCUCGAGACGUACAGCCCGGUGGUCGGGAUUGACUCCGUGUUCCUGAUACUCCAGAUCUUGUGCGCCAACAAGUGGACGCUGCAGCUAGCCGACAUCACCUCGGCUUUCACCGCGGGCGUCCCUCUCGCUCGAUCACAGGGAAGUCUCUACUUGGAAGUACUUCGGACAGGCAUUCCUGUCGCGGAAGAGGGUUCACUGGUGGAGUUACUCAAGGUAGUAUAUGGACUUGGAGACGCACCGAUGCAGUGGCUUUCAGCUUUCACAAAGCACGCCAAGGAGAUCGGUUUCGAAAGCUCCAUCUUCGACAGCUGCGUCCUCUAUCUACGAGGCGAUAAUGGGCCCCAUGGCGCCAUGGGCUGGACGGUGGACGACGUAGUGGGCGGCGGCGACCACAUGUUCGACGAGGCGUGUGAGAAGCCGCGGGAAAGGUUCCCUUUCGGAGCUUGGAGGCAUAAGAAGGGCAAGUACGCAGGCAAGGAGCUCAUGCAAAAUGACGGCAGCACCGAGAUCAUCGUCUCCCAGAGCCACAACUCAGACAGCAUCCAGCUCUUCAGCAUAGCCACGGAAAGGCGUAAGGACCCACAAGCUGAAGUAACUCCUGAAGAACUUCAUCAAGCCAGACGCCCGCGCGGUUCAAUUCGCUUCUUGGCACGCGAGGGCAGACCAGACUUAUCAGGGCCAGUGUCACUACUUCAAGGGAAGAUGCCCAAGUUGGUGGUGGACGAUCUACUGGAGGCGAAUCGCAUCGGCAGGAUGACGAAGGAGUCCGGCAACGUGGAGUUGAAGAUCAAGCGCAUCGCGUUUCACGAGCUCGCCUUCGUGGCCUUCAACGACGCAGCCUGGGCCAAUGCCAGAGACGGUGCUUCGCAGGCGGGUUACAUCGCGUUCGCGACGCAACGGGAGAUACUCAUGGGGGAGCCAGCCACCAUCUCCAUCCAGCCCUGGAAGAGUCACAAGUUGAAGAGGAAGUGCGCUCAUCAGUUUGGAGCGGAGGCGUUGGCUACAUCGGGGGGAAUGGCCAGGGCGGAGCUCACGCGGCGAUUGCGAUUGCCCGUGGUCAGCGUUACCGACUCCAGGGGCGGCUACGACCACGUGACCAACCCCAAGGCAGGCCUCGCGAAUGACAGGAGGGCAGCUAUCGACGUGGCAAUCGCGCGGGCAGCCAUGCAACGACCUGAAGUACAUCUACGGUGGAUCGAGGGAACCAGCCAGCACACGGAUCCACUCGCCAAGCGUAAGGGCGAGAGUUCGCUGUUACGCAACGCCCUCGAGCAGGGCGGGUGCGGCAUUGCCGCCGACGGCUUCGUGUUGCAGCGCCGAUGCCAGGAGAGGGCCAGCCGCAAGCAGAAGGAGCCAGCCGAUUUUGCGUGCAUCACAGAUUGUUGCUUCACGGGCCUGGACCUUUACGAGAUGGACACCGCGGGCGAGCAGCGCCAGAUCAGCGAGAAAUAUGAUCAAAACUUCGAGCCCGAGGCCAACAG